AUGCCACCUGUUCUCUUUGGUUACGCCGCUGAUUCCUUCUCCCACAUUCAAUCGCAUCCGUCCAUUCAUUCCCGCUCCUCCACUCUGCAACAUCUUACCAGCCCCACCCAACCCAUCUCUGAUCAUCCUCCCACCGCUCCCACUACCCCUUCCUCUUCCCCUACCAUUCCCUCCACCUCUCCCACUACCUCUGCCUCUCCCUCCCCCGUCUCUCCCCCUUCCACUUACUCCAAUUCUUCUACUGGCUUCCAGACCAUCCCCUUUAUAAGAUCAGCAUCGGAGAAGCCUAUAAGACAGCAUCCGGGCGGCAAGUUUCGUCCCGGUUCAAUUUUCCAAACACCAGACGAAACGGGGAAUGCAGCCAAUCAUAACUGCGGAAAAGGAGAGGACGAGCCGUUGAUAAUGGGGCAGGGGGUGAAAGGGGAACUGCAGCGGGUGACAAUGCAGGGGCACAGGCAUAGUUUUGAGACGUCUCAAAACGAGCCGUUGAUAAUGCAGGGGAAGGGGGUGAACGGGGAACUGCAGCGGGUGACAAUGCAGGGGCACAGGCAGCUGCAGCGGGUGCUGUCGGUGCAUUUCUCCUCGCGCCCCCUCGGGUUGAGGCUGCUGGCGCUGCCCCGCCCCGCCAUGCUCUAUUUCGUUUACAACACAGAGGGGGUCGGGGUGGUGGUGGCGCACUGCUUGAGGGAAGGGGAGUUCGUCGCCCAGAUUCCUCUCUACUCGGACGGCCAGAAUGUGCCAACAAAUAAGGAUUGUGAGAGCAUGGUGAGAGCAUUGGUAGGGGAUUCAUCCGUCCCCAUCACCAUCCGCUCUGUCAAGCCCUGGAUCAUGGCUGCUCAAGUCGCCUCUCACUACCUCGCUGCACCGCCGCCAACCGCUUCACACUGCCCAGCACCAGCACUGCUUGCGGCUUCGUCCCACGUCGCCUCACAAAACCUCUCCACACCACCACCAACCGCUUCGCACCACCCGGCACCAGCACUGGGCAGUGAGGGGCAUAACACUGGGGAGGGAUACGACUCAUAUGAGCCGCGUGUCAUUCUAGUCGGGGAUGCGGCUCAUCGUUUCCCCCCUGCUGGUGGCUUUGGCAUGAACACGGGCAUUCAAGACGCGCACAACCUCGCAUGGAAGCUCGCAGCUCUGCUCCAAGGCACCGCCUCCCCCGCCCUGCUCGCCUCAUACGAGGCGGAGAGACGCCCAGUGGCCGUGGGAAAUACACAUUUGAGCGUCAGCAACUUCGAGUCUGCUCUGGCUGUUCCCAGAGCCCUGGGCCUGGAGCCCAACGCUGCCAGCUUGUUUUCAGCUGCCCUUUCCUCCUCAACAGCCAAUCAGUUUCUGCCACGUCAGCUCCAGACAACCCUCAUAGAGGCUGGGCUGUCAGCAGGGCGACAGCUGCUGCUCUCUGAUUGGCUGCUGAACCCAGCCAAUCCCGUGGGAAGGGAGCGGUUGGCAGCGGUGCAGAGGAGUUUGGAGGAGGGGAAGAGCCUGCAGCUGUUGUUUCCACAGCACGACCUGGGAUUCAGGUACAAGAGCGGCGCCCUAUCCCUGUCCCCCUCAGACGCCCGUGAAGCAGCAGCAUACGACAGGGAAGCACAUGCAGCCAGCUCCACCUCCUUCACUCCCUCCACUCUCCCCGGCGCCCGCCUGCCACACCGCACGCUCACCCUGCUGCUGCCCUAUGCUGCUGCGACAACAACGGACCAACCGUCAAAGCUUGAGUUCCAAAUCGGCCCUUCCCUUUCCUCCAUCGACCUCUCUCCUCUCGGCUCCAUCACCCCCACUCUCCUCCUCCCUCUCGGCCCCCACACUCCCCUCUGGCUCGCCUCCUCUCUCCACGCACACUCCCUCACUCGCCUCCCCCUCCGCCUCGCCCUCCUCGCUCCCCACCCCUCCUCCUUCUCCUCUCUCCCUUCCCUCCUUGCCCCUCUCGGCCUCUGCGUUGAAGCUGCUACCUCAGAGCAAGUUCCAGGGCACCUCAAACCUGUCAAUAUAGAGCAUGAUGGUAUAGGACAGACAGGCAGGGAAGGAGGUGGUGGUAACCAGCAUCGAGUGGGAGAUUCCCGAGCACUCUUCCCCUCCUUUCCCACCCCAUUCACCCUCCCCCAGUUCCCCCUUCCUUUCCCACUCACUCCCUGCGUUGACCAAUCAGCAUCGAGUUCUGGGGCACUCCUGAGCUGCUUCAAGCGCAACCCACGCCUUCGGGCCAUAGAGGACCGCAUUGCAUCCUUCCUUUUCCUUCCCAGAGACCCGCAGGCUCGGACGCAGGUUCGGUUCAACGAGGGGCAAGCGUACGACGUGCAUCUGGAGUUUUACCGGGAUAAUGUCGACACACAGAGGUCCGGCCACCGGGUGGCAACGCUUGUCCUAUUCCUCUCGGACGUACAAAGGGGCGGCGAAGUGAACUUCCCUCAGGGCAAGUCGGAGCACUCACAUAGGCCCUGGGACUCGUCCCUCUCUCCAUGUGCCCGCCAAGGGGUCUCAGUCCCACCAGUCAAAGGAGACGCUCUGCUCUUCUUCCAAGUAACCCCGUCUGGUUACCACAACCCUUCUCCUGCCCUACCAACCUCCUUCCCACCAGUCAAAGGAGACGCUCUGCUCUCCUUUCAAGUAACCCAAAUGGUUACCACGACCCUUCUGCUGCCCGCCAUCCCACCCACCCCCCCUCCCGCCUUGCCUACCCUUCAAUCACCCCCCUCAGUCCCACCAGUCAAAGGAGAUGCACUGCUGUUCUUCCAAGUAACUCCAGCUCACUACCUGCCUCUGUCCCUUUUCCACCACCACCCUUCUCAUCCCUCCCUCCCCCUACCCCCGAAAUGCUUCCUCAGUGCCACCAGUCAAAGGAGACGCACUACUGUUCUUCCAAGUAACCGCAUCUGGUUACCACGACCCUUCUGCUGCCCGCCGUAA